AUGGGAUCGCCUAUAAAACAAGUAAGCAGUCCGUUUGGCGUUACUCUUCGCGCAAGGUCAAGACCAAGCGUCCAAGUCAUUGCACCACACCGCGGCCGCCUCGCGCGUACACGCAUAGCUGCGCUUGCGCAGUGCUUUGUUGUUAGAGCUUUUGACGAUUUCAAUAUGGCGAAAAUAUCUUUAGCAAUAUUAUUUUGCUGCAUAGCCCAAGGUUUAGCUAGCAACGAUGACAAAUUUAUCAAAAAAUACGCUAUGAUGAAGAUCUACGAAAGUUGUUUCGGAACGGAGGUCGUUAAGCAAAUUCGAAGAGAAAUGAAGGAGGCUUACGCGAAAUGUUCAUCACCGCCAUCUUUCGAAGAAAACGCAAACCAACAAAUCCCGUCAAUCUUGUUCGGCAAACUACCGCCAGGGUUCGCGAUGGACCCGAACUCGCAAACCAUCACGAAGCCAACAGAUGGCGCUGGACUAAAUCAAGAAAAUGAAUUACCCAAUCAUGAAAAAUUGCACGUGCAAAAGAUUCCAUUGAGCCAAAUCCUACCUCUUCGAUCACAAUCGCCAUUCCAGCCCCAGUCAAUACCGCCGUACAUGAUGCCAACGAACCCCCAGUUCAGGCCGUUUAGCUCAGCAUCUCCGUUCUACCAGUAUCCUUACCCCAAUAUGCCAUACCCUUAUCCAGGGCAGUACAACCCUUACUAUCAGCCGAUGCAGCAGUUCUAUCAGCAACCUUACUUCGCUUCAAAUAGAAUGGCGCGGGACCUGGACCUCCGCGACCGCUUAGACAUAAUUUCGCGCGGACCCAAUUCCGGAAAAGUUAAGAACAUAACCUGCGUGAUGCAAGAGCUAGGUUACAUAGACCACAACCUGGAACCCAAUUAUGAGCAGAUUACGCAGAGGAUCAGCAAUUUGCCAGUUUCGAGCGACCUGAAGGGAGACAUCCAGGAUGGGCUGCAAUUCUGCCAGAAGUUUUCGCAAUGUGUGCCGGACAUAAAACGAGACGUCGCACCACUUUCACAGGAGCUCAUAAAACCUAUGUUCUUCUUCAGAUGUUAUAAGCAUAAAAAGCUGGAAGCCUGCAUAAUGAAGGAUAUCAGGGAACGGUUUACCAGCGAAGACGACCUGGAGACUGACGGCGAUUUUAGGUCUUUGGGGAGAUCAGCUCGCGCGGUGAGGGAUGAGCCUUUAAGUGAUCCCAGGUUUGACGCCCUGGACGAAAUGGCGGUCUACUUAUAUGACUAUUUAAGUGGGGGGAACGGGCUGGACUAUGAAUUGUAUCUGUAA